AUCGUCCUCGGGCCAAGACCGGCCUCUCAUCAACGUUAAUCUGCCUCAAGCCCGCCGCCGUCCCAAUCGGCGCAGGAACCGCACCGCCACAGCCGGGGUCCUGGCUGCUCUGGGAUAAUCACUCUCGCAAUACCUAACCUACACGCUGGCCUCUUCGCCUUCCCCACACGAAACAGCUUCGGCUCUGUAAUUUCCCGAGGCUCUUCAUAUACUCGGGCUAUUCGUAAUUACCUUGUGCACACGGGAACUGCACCACACGAUGCGCCCAGCAGCCCAGGUCUUCUACCUGGCAGUCUUUUCGCUGCUCGGUGGUACUCACGGCGCUGACCGUGUCUCGCCCUCGAAACCAAGCAGUCCUCCGCCAAACGUUUGCGACAUAUCGCCCGGCGCCAUAGUCUCCGACGCCUGCGCAAGCUACAGCACCCUCGAGCAGCUCAACGAUGCCGUACAGCCCUACCUCGAAUCCAUUACCCAGAAAACAGACUUCUUCUCGCAUUACCGCCUGAACCUGUACCGCAAGAAAUGCCCCUUCUGGGACGAUGAGAAUGGCAUGUGCGGAAAUGUGGCGUGUGCCGUCAACACGCUCGAGAACGAGGACGACAUACCGCUCGUCUGGCGCGCAAAGGAACUCGGCAAACUCGAAGGGCCCACGGCGCAGCAUCCGGGACGACAGCAGCAAAGGGAAGAGCGCAAGCGACCGCUAAAGGGCAACCUGGGCGAGAACGUGGACGAGAGCUGUGUGGUCGAGUACGACGAUGAAUGCGACGAGCGCGACUACUGCAUCCCAGAGGACGAGUCGGCGACUGCAAAGGGAGACUAUGUGUCGCUGGUAGACAACCCAGAGCGUUUCACGGGAUAUGCGGGCGUAGGAGCUCAGCAGGUCUGGGAAGCCAUCUACCGCGAGAAUUGCUUUCACAAGCCUCCGAAAAUCGCGCCAGGGACGGGCAAGUCGGCCCCGCCGGGCUCGCCAUUUGGCGCCUUUGGAAACCAGCAACAGAUGCAUGCGGCAAACCAACUGCGCAACGUCAUGCAAGAGCAGGGCCAAAAGCAAAAGUUCCAGUCUGCCAUUGCCCACGGCACUGCUGUGGAGAGCCUUGAUCCUGUCGAGUUUGACAACACUUGUCUGGAGAAGCGCGUCUUCCAUCGUGUCAUCUCUGGCAUGCAUGCAUCCAUCUCCACGCACUUGUGCUGGGACUACCUGAACCAGACCACAGGCCAGUGGGGACCCAACCUGGCCUGCUAUGAGCAGCGCCUUCACAAGUAUCCCGAGCGCAUCUCCAAUGUCUAUUUCAACUAUGCCCUCGUUAUGCGCGCAGUCGGCAAGAUUAAGCGACACAUUUCCGACUACUCGUUCUGCUCCGAGGACCCUGAACAAGACCUCCGCACCAAAAACUCGGUCCUCCGUCUUGCGUCGGCGCUUCCGUCCGGCCCCGAGAUCUUUGACGAGACAGUCAUGUUCCAGGAGCCCGAGAGCGUGGCCUUGAAGGAGGACUUCCGCAACCGCUUUAGGAACGUAAGCAGAAUCAUGGACUGUGUUGGCUGUGACAAGUGCCGUCUUUGGGGCAAGCUCCAGACAAACGGCUGCGGUACUGCGCUCAAGGUGCUCUUUGAAUUCGACGAAAACGACUCGUCAAAAGACCCGCCGCUUCGCCGCACCGAGCUCGUCGCACUCAUCAACACCAUGAACCGCCUUUCGCACUCUCUGUCGGCCAUCAAGGAGUUCCGGCGCAUGAUGGACGAGCGCGAGGGCGUUGCACCCGCACUUCCUGCGACGGAUGAAGGUGUACUAAAGACGAAGCUCGCGCUCGAAGCCGCGGACCCCGAGAAACCAAUCAACGUGUUGACAGGCAACGACGAUGUUCCAAACUUCCAGCGAGACUGGGAUGCCAGCAACAUGUCUGUAUGGGACGAGGUCAAGGCCGAGCUCAACCUGGUCAAGCGCACUUUUUACUACGUACUCUACCAGUGGACGCAGCUUCCUUCACGAUUUACCAAGAUUCUCAUCCUUGAAAUGCGCAGGGCGUAUAACUGGUGGAUGGGCUUUGUCCCUGGACCAAGGAGCUGGGAGAUUCGCAUCCCUACUCGCGAUGAAAUUUAGUGUCUCUUUGCACUUGGAUAUCUUAUUGAUGAUGACAAUGGGGAGGGGGGGGUCUUGUUUUGGGGGCAUUUCGUAUACAAAUAAAGGGUUUUGCAUAGCCUUGGGCGUUUGGAGUGGGAAUUGCAUCUCUCUUUUUUUUAACGCCUCAAAUUGGGAUGGAUGGAAGAAUGUUAUGUCUCUCUCUCUCUCUCUCUUUCUUUCUUUUCUUUUCUUUGCUCAACAGGACUUGAAUGUCGGAAUAUGGGGGCGUUGUGGAAGAAAGCUACUUGGUAUUGUUGCGAAGGGCGUAUUUAACUUUUUUACGUACGUACCCAUCUUAUCCACACUCUCUCUAU